UUCGUUCGGGAUAUUGACCAUUUCGAGUGGCUAGCGCUGCGCGGACCUCGCUGAAGGUCGUCGGAUCGAUUAAGUAACCGCGGUGUGUUUUAGGAAGCGAAGAAACGAGGAACGCGGUGAAAUGUCAAACAAGCGUGACUGCUUACCUGUGGUAACCGAUGACGUUUCCAGCCGGUUCGGGGCUGCCGAUGCGCGCAUCACGUCGUCGUGAAGCCGACAUGCGAAAGCAUACGCGAGGAGCAGUGAUUGUGCGCCGUGCCGACCGUCGACAGUAGUGUGAACGUGGUAACCCUAACCUAACUCUCGUCGUCGUUGUCGUCGUCUCGCGUCGUCAACUUAAGUUAAGUCGCGGUUUUUCUUCUAAUACAAUUUUUUUCGCUCAGUUUACAUCACAAUCGGGUACUUAUUGGUUGUUUUCAAGUUCGCUUGAGUAGAAGUGUUCACGUUGAUGGUUUUUAAAGCUACCGGGACAGAAUCUCAAGUAUCCGUUUUGGGUGCAUUUUCUAGAGCAAAACGACAACCGGCUUCGUGCGAGAACCCGCCUUAUUUGCAUUUAUCAUUGACAGAGAUUCUGCAAAUGAACUGACUGAUUGCGGGAAUUUAAUUUGAAUGGUCGGUGGUCGAUUUGGUUUCCGCAGAAGCUAAAUAGCAGUUAGUGUUUUGAACGGACGAAUCGAGAAGAUACCUUUUUUGAGAUUAUUGAUGAAAAUACCCAGUGAAGUGUAACAGCAAUCCCCAGAGAGGAAGGAGCAGGAUUCGAAGGUAGAAAAAACACAGUGUUGUACUGGGAAAAAUAUCAAUCUCCGAUAAUUAAAAGCAAGCAAUACAAAAUACGAGGAAGCGAAAAUCGAAAUUGAAUGAAGCUUAUGUGAGCAGAAUUUGAAGCAGUUUCUCUAUGAACCGUCGAAGUGAAGUGAAGUGAUACAGCUUCGCAGUUCAAUGGUAAAAGCAAUAUAAUUAAUUACCAUCCCCGUCGUCGUCAUCGUCGUCGUUUGUUGUCCUCUCGGUGCGAAGAAAACUAGGGUUGUUGAUUCAACUGUGUUUUUAUUUCUACUCCGUGCGUGGUAAUAAUUGUUGAGUCCCGCGUUCUUACGUUGCUACGACUGGUGUUUUAGAAAACAGUGUGACGGAUUGAAAAAAAAAACAGCAGUAAUUACGUUCCGAUAGAGGGUGGAUGCACAGCAGUUACCGGCAGCGUCAUCCCUAUCGCCAUAUCGGAUCAGUGAAUUGGAAUGUCAUUGAAGAAGGAAACCCUAUCAGAUGUACAGCUGCACUUGGCUGCAUUACGCGGAGACGAAAUGCUGUUGAAACGAGUGCUGGACAGUGGUAAAGUGCACGUGGAUUGCCGGGAUGAGGACUACACAACACCGCUUAUUUUGGCCGCCGCAGGAGGACACACCGCUUGCGUCAUAGAGCUGCUGGAACAGGGUGCAGAUCCGAAUGCGAGACGAGUGACCGGAACGACGGCGCUAUUUUUCGCAGCCCAAGGCGGCUACGUCGAUGUCGCAAGGAUACUACUGAAGGCUGGUGCACCGGUGGAUUGCUCUUCGGUGGAUGGUGGUACGCCGCUGUUUGUCGCCUGUCAAGGCGGACACGAGAACAUGGUUAGCGAGCUGCUCAGCUACGGAGCCAACGCUCAUGCCUGCAUGAAGGAUCACGCAACGCCGCUCUUCAUAGCCGCUCAGAACGGACAUAAUGCGGUGCUUAAGCUGCUGCUGGCAGCCGGUGCCCAUCCGGAUACUCCCCGGAACGAUGGUGCCACUCCGUUAUGGAUUGCCUCCCAAAUGGGUCACGAUCAUGUCGUCAAGAUGCUACUACUACAUGGUGCUUACGUGGAUGCUGUUCGAUGUGAUGGUGCAACGGCGCUCUUCAAGGCCGCCCACAAAGGUCACAGUUCCGUAGUUCACGAGCUACUCAAGUAUCGGCCCAAUUUGGGGCUUAUUCCGAACGGGGAAUCGGCACUUCAUGCGGCAGCAUUAUUUGGCCAUCUUCCGGUGGUGAAGCAGCUGAUCGGAGCCGGAUCGGAUGUCCUGUUGAAGAAUCAGGAUGGUCAGACCCCGUUGCAGAUCUCCCGACAGCAGAAGUAUCACGCCGUUUAUCAGUACCUGAAGGAUCGUGAACACUUUCUGCGUCACCAGAGUGCCUCGGUUGGUGGUAAGAGUCUCGUGUCAGCCAGCGCAGCCCCCGCGCCCUCGGUUGCCACGACGGUGGUCAUCAGCAGCUAGGCCAGGAAGCCGGUUGCCGACCAGGGCAACCAGACGAGUUGAAUUGUCUUCGAUUGUUGGUGAUGCUGUUGUUGCCAUUUAGUCGGUAUCUAUUUACUGUUUGAAACGCGAAUACCUGUGCUUCUAGUAAUUUAACUAUCCAACGCCUGAUCGGUGGUAGAAAUAAAGUCGUUAUAGUUGUUGUUUAUUGCCUGUUGUUUUACCGCCGAGUUCGCUAGUUUUCUCGAACGCGGUUCGGUGCUCAGCCGCGGGCUACCAGACGGCAACGGUAGUGUAUAAUUUAUGCGGUGCAACAGAUAGAAAUUAGACUAACAAAUAAGCGGUAGUAAAAAUAGAAAUACCUAUCAUUGGCUGGUUGGACUGUCCACAGCGUUCAAGUCCAAGAUGAUGGGGCAAAUUAGUCAGCGCUCUGUUGAUGAGUUUUUUUUCUAUCCAAAGCUCAAAAAAAACUUAUAGGCGAUCGACAGCAGAAAUGAUAUCCACAAACAGGAUUGACUAAGAGAAAGGGAAAAAACUAAAAUCUUAAUCAAAUGUCAACACAUUUAAUUAUUGAUUAGCUGAUACGAACCCGAAGCGUGGCCAAUAGCGCGUGUUAUCUCACCUUAGCGUAUUCUAGUGCAUUGAUAAAAUAUGCAUAAAAGAUAAUAUAUUGACAAAUAAAAACAAAAUCACACUAACAAACGACGCGCGCAAAAAUGUUUUGUUUAGAUCUGAAACAUAAAAGUAUAGAAUAGAGUUUUUCUUGCUCGUUAUAAAUUAACAAAUUUAUUAGCAUCAAGUAAUACAUUUCACAUAGAUAGACGAUAGUACGAAAAACCUACACAGUUCGUAAACACCAACAG